AUGGUCCUUCUCAAGAAGUCUCCCUCUGCUCUGUUUGCGGUCACAGCUCUAAUGUUCCUGGCUCGUUCCACUCGAGCCUUUCUGAGGCCUUCCCUACCUAGUCGCCUUUUGAGCACGCGUCAUUUCUUCUCGACUCCCUCUCCCCUCGAUAUUGGAAGCCCCGAAGAAGUGCUGCAAGUCUUUAACAAGCCCAAUGCCGUGAUUCUCGAUGUACGGUCGCAACCGGAAAUUGACUCGGAUGGAAAAAUUGCGACGAGCGGUGAUGACAAAUGGCUCCAGGUCAAUUGCACGCCCGCCGCAUGCCCGGACCUAGAAGACACGGCCAACGAAGCAUUUCCCAACAAGGAUACUCCGGUCGUCAUCCAUUGCGCCUCUGGAAUGAGAGCGGGAAAAGCCAAGGAAAUUUUGGAAGAAUUGGGAUAUUCCAAUGUCAUCAAUGCAGGUGGAUAUCGAGAUCUAGAUUACCUACAGGAAGCAGCGAGUCAAAAAUAA